AGAGGUGAGGGCACAGAGGAGGCUAGGGGCCCAUCUGGACAGGGGCUCGUAGCCUACCUAGGGCAGAGGUGCACUGAACUGGCCCAAAGGGGUCCACUCCAGGAAGACCAUGGAGAUAGCUCCAUGGAAUCCACUUCCCAUUUGGGGGAGAAAGGAGGGGAGACCCUGGCAUCUUGACCUGGAGUGCCAAGCAGACCUACAGGCCUGGCCUGACCCCCUCCCCAAGAAAGGGGAAUGCAGUGUGGGCUGGGGAAGGAGAGGGGUCAGAGACCCCAGACUGGUGCAACCCCAAAUCCCUUGGCACCUAAGGCCCAGCCCGCGCCCCCUGGCGACCGCGGCAGUCCGGGGGAACACCUGCAUCCUUCCGCCCUCACCAGGGACCCGCGUGCCCGACAUGGCUAGAAUGUCCCGACCUUCUGCCUUCAGAAGCCCCCAGAUAAGCGGCUCAGAGCCUGCGGGGCCGGCAGGGAGGCCCCGCUGUUCGGAAGGCUAAGUGCAUUAGCCCCGCUCACAUCCCCUAUCGCUGCUGCCAUCGGACGGGCGGGGCCGGAGCUCCGCUCUAGCGCCCCGGGGCGACCGCGACGGUGGCGGAGCCCAGAACGGACUGUCCUUUCCGGAGUGGGUGUGGGGGGCGCUGGGGAACGAGGGUUGGGAGGAAAGGACGAAAGAGGGCUGGAGGAGGGAAGGGGGAGCUGGGGUGACCAAACCAAGGAAAGGGGUGGAUGUGGGACGGGGUGUCUCGGAGGAAGGAGAGCCCGCAGGGGGCCGGGCCCGGGGUUGGGACGAGAGCGCUGGGAGGUGGGCAGUGGGACAGCGCCGACUGGACCCUGGGCCAAAGAGAAGGAAUGGGGUGCCGGGCGAAGGGGGUGAAUGGCCGGGGAGCUGGAGGAGAGCGACGGGAAGAGCUGGGGGCUGGCGGGGCGGGGAUCUAAGGGUCUUGGGGGCACGAAGCUGGCUGCCUGGGGCCAGGCCCGGUGAGGCAGAGUGGCGGGGCGCGGGCGCAGCGGAGGAGCGGGGUGGGGGUGGGGGUCACACGUGCCCGGGCCGCCCCACACGCGCCCCGAGUGUCUGCCGCUCGGACACUAAGGGAGAUGGAUGGGGUGGGGGAAAUGCAACGCGGGGCCCCGGGCGGUUCCUGGCGCAGCCGCCGCCCCCGCAGCGGAGGGUCGGGCCGGGACUUGGGCGGCACAUAAAGGGGCCGCGAAGCGCGAGGACCGGGCGGGCGGCGGCGGCAGCAUGAGCGCAGCAGACCCGAAUCCCGCUGCGGGCGCAGUCCCCGACUCGGACCCGGAUCCGGGCCGGGCGGCGGUCGCCUCCGCCUACCAGCGCUUCGAGCCCCGCGCCUACCUCCGCAACAACUACGCGCCCCCUCGGGGCGACCUGAGCAGCCCGGACGGCGUCGGGCCUUGGAAACUGAGCUGCUUGGCACAGACCUUCGCCACCGGUGAGGUGUCUGGACACACCCUCAUCGACAUUGGUUCAGGCCCCACCAUAUACCAGCUGCUCAGCGCCUGCACCCACUUUGAGGACAUCACCAUGACAGAUUUUCUGGAGGUGAACCGCCGGGAGCUGGGGCUCUGGCUUCGGGAGGAGCCCGGGGCCUUCGACUGGAGCAUGUACAGCCAGCACGUCUGCCUCAUUGAGGGCAAGGGCGAGCCCUGGCAGGAAAAGGAGCGCCAGCUGCGAGCCAGGGUGAAGCGGGUCUUGCACAUCGAUGUGCACCAGCCCCAGCCCCUGGGUGCUGGGAGCCUGGCGCCCCUGCCUGCCGAUGCCCUGGUCUCUGCCUUCUGCCUGGAGGCUGUAAGCCCAGACCUUGCCAGCUUCCAGAGGGCCCUGGAUCACAUCACCACUCUGCUGAGGCCUGGGGGGCACCUCCUCCUCAUUGGGGCCCUAGAGGAGUCAUGGUACCUGGCUGGGGAGGCCCGGCUGGUGGUGGUACCCAUGUGUAAGGAGAAGGUGGUGGAGGCCUUGGUUCGUAGCGGCUAUGAGGUGCGGGACCUGCGCACUUACGUCAUGCCUGCCUGCCUUCAGACAGGUGUAGACGAUGUCAAGGGCAUCUUCUUCGCCUGGGCCCAGAAGAAGGUGGGGGUGUGAUGGCCCAGUGCACCCUGUGCUGAUGGCUCUCAUAUACCCAGAUUCCCUGUCAUCUGUGGUGGCACCUAAUAAAGAAAUCAGUUCCUCCUGC